GGCAGUGGGAGGGGUGGUAUGCGAGAUCAGAUUGGAAUGGGCUGGGCUCUGGGCUCUCACUGGCUCCAGGGAACCCCCGCACUGUUGACUGAGGAGAGCAGAGCCUCCCCUACCAGCGGAAGCCAUAUAAAGUCUUUGGAGGCACACUCCCAGCUGCCCACUGCGACCAUGAAGGCUGUCCUCUUUGUCCUGUUGGCCACCUACUUGGCCCUGCAGCCAGGUGCUGCUCUGCAGUGCUACUCAUGCACAGCACAGGCGAGCAACAGCGACUGCCUAAACGUACAGAACUGCAGCCAUGACCAGAACAGCUGCUGGACGUCACGUGUCCGGGCCAUUGGACUUGUGACACUUAUCAGUAAAGGCUGCAGCUCAAACUGCGUGGAUGACGCCGAGAACUACUACGUGGGCAAGAAGAACAUCACGUGCUGCUACUCCGAUCUGUGCAAUGUCAGUGGCGCCCACACCCUGAAGCCGGCCGCCACCACCCUGGGGCUGCUCACUGUGCUCUGCAGCCUGUUGCUGUGGGGCGCCGGGCACCUAUAGGCUCUAGGAGAGUCUCUACUGUGCAGGGGUGCCCCCACCACAACUCCCGACACCCACACGGGGCCGGCCUUUGCCCUGCCCCUCCUGGUGCUCCCUCCUCUCUGCUGGCUGUGUUUCUGCAGCAGCCCCCCCCCCUGCAGGGCUCCCUGCACCUCCCGGCUCUCUGGGAGCUGAGCCGAUCUGCACACAGCACUUGGGAAGGGCCCGGUGAAGGAUGAGAGGAGGCAGACUGGGCAGAAAUGAAGCUGGGAGGUGGGGGUGAGCUCCUGGAGUCCUAGGAGAUGAGCCCGGCGGGGGGACCUGCCCUAUGUUUAUAGAGCCCCCAGAACACAGUAGGCCUGUAAUAAAUUCCUGUUGGGUAA